AUGUCUGCCUCUUUAGAACAAAAAAUCUCAAGAACAUCAUCAGUCGAUGAAAAACAAGAUAACAUACUUAUAAAGAGCAAAAUUUAAAAACUGAUUCAAAGCAAGGAUAAUAACAAUCUAUAUCAGUUAUUGAAAAAAAACAAAAAGAGCAGAACUUCAUACAAAUAAUUAAAGUACGAGGGGAUUAUUUAUAAAAUUGGUUAGAAUCUCUGCAUAAAGGCAGAUAGAAGAAUAGAUUACGUUGCUAAACUCCUUAAAAUAGUCAAACUUGUUGAUAAUGAUGAUGAAGUCUACCCUUUAAUAAAAGUUCAAUGGUAUUAUAGAAAAUUUGAAUUGGAAAAUAUACCUAAACCGUAUAUGGAUUACAUUUCUGAGAACGAGGUGUUUAAAACUAAUGAAUAUGAUUAUAUUGAGAUUGAAAGUAUAGUGAGUUUAGCUUCCAUACUUACUUACGAGGAAUUUGAUUAAUUAGAAACGAUGAAUGAUACGACGUAUUUUAUGAGAGCGGCCUAUAUAAAUCGAACUUUUUAACCUCCAAUUGAAGAAUGGGCAACAACAUGCAUAUGUUAAAAGCCUCCAAAUCCAGAUUUGAAGUAUAUAUAAUGUGAGGCAUGUCAAGGUUGGUGCCAUUUGAUAUGUUUAAAUUUGUCUAAAGAAAAAGCAAAAAAAAUACUAAACUUUAUUUGUCCGAAAUGUUAAUAAUGA